UUGCCAUUCAGUUUUACAGCAAGUUCAUGUGUAUAAGGAAUCGACCGUCGGUCUUUCACCUCACUUAUAUAAUUGCAAUAUCGCAGUGUUAAACACAACACACGGAAUAUUCAAAUACAAACAGCCAAAAAUAACGAACAAAAACGAGCGAGUGCGUAGCUGUGUUAGAGAAAGAGACAAAUAAUAACGAUACAAAUGUCAUUUCACUUUUCAAUUUUGUCUGUUAUCUUGAGUUUGCAUCUCUUUGUAUUGGCACUGAAUGCAAAGACGAACAUGUCAAUUGUGCCAAUUGUUUUAGUUCAUGGAGGCGCCGGCAAUAUUCCUGAUUCUCGUGAUCAUGGUAAACUCGUUGGUUGCAAAUUGGCAUUGAAACUGGGGUAUGAAAAGUUAGAGUCUGGUGGAUCAGUUCUAGAAGCGGUAGAAGAAGCUGUUCGCAGCAUGGAAUUGGAUGAAUAUUUCAAUGCGGGCUAUGGAUCUGUCUUGAACUACGAUGGUGACGUUGAAAUGGAAGCAAGUAUUAUGAAUGGUAGUAAUUUAAAGGCGGGAUGUUGUACUUUAGUGCAAGACAUAUACCACCCCAUCACUUUGGCGAAAGAUGUUAUGUUGAAAACAAAUCAUACAUUCUUGGGUGGUGUGAGUGUCAUGAAAUUCGCAAGAGAGCAAGGAUUCGAGAUAUUGCCACCCGGUUCAUUGGUCACCGAAUAUGCCAAAGAAGCACUUGAAGAAUAUAAACGUAGGCAUAAGCUUGGUUUAGAUGUUACCAAUGCGCCCACUGAAAUCGGUGACCGUCGUAAAAUUGGUGACGAAGUUGGAACGGUUGGAGCUGUUGCGAUCGAUAGUGAUGGUAAUGUGGCUGCAGCCACAUCCACUGGUGGAAUUACAGGGAAACUACCUGGACGCAUCGGGGAUACUCCGAUACUCGGAUCGGGCACAUAUGCCGAUAAUUUAGUUGGAGCCGUUUCAACAACUGGCCAUGGAGAGUCAAUUAUGCGAUACAAUGUAGCCCAACGUAUUCUUCAACGAAUGCUACACUUGAAGGAAAGCGCACAAAAUGCAACUGAAAUUACGUUGCUUGAAAUGACUGAACGUGUUUCUUAUUCAGCCGGUGCCAUCACUCUUGAUACAAAAGGUGAUGUUGGCAUAUCAUUUACUUCUAAAAAAAUGGCCUGGGCCUAUCGUAAAGGAAACAAAAUCCACAGUGGAAUUCGGCACGGUGACAAUUUCAUUGAAGAUGCCUGAAAUUGCUCUACACAAUAAUAAUCAAAAUAUUUUACGCAAAUGUAUUCAAGGUUUUUGGGAAGUAUUAAUAAUUUUGGAUUGAUAUAUUCGAGAUUGAUAUAUUCUCGGAUAAUUUAUAUCCUAUUUCAUGGAAAUAAUUGCGGUAUCAAGUGUUAACAAUAAAAUAUACAAAUAUACACACAACGAA